AGGAGUCCAAGGAUCAGGGAGAUGCAACAAAACGACUGGAGCGGCAGCAGCAGGCGUCCAGUCUUCUCCACCUGCAGAGCUGCACCACCGCUCCAAAAGACCACAGGAGUAUGGACGCCACCAUCAAGAUGAAGAGCAUCCUGAAAACUAGCAAAAAGUUUGAGGACGGCAGCAGGACCCAGAGCAGCUCCAUCGGGGCCCUGCGCUGGACCCUGCCAGAGGAGAACGUCCAGGCCCACAGCUCGGCCCCCAGCCGACCCGCCCGCCCCAACAACCUCACCAAACGUGCACAGCAUCAGCAUCCUCGCCAGAAGGGCCUGAAGGAUCUGCGCAGCCUGCAGGAGUGCGUGUUGUUCAUCCAACAUUGGAAAAAGCAAGUGGACCAAGUAUGCAAGGGCGGAGUGGACGCAGAGGAAGGCCCCAGUAAGAAGGAGGCAAAAAGUUCCGACCCGCGUACCGAGAAAAGCCUCGAGGAGAGCAGGAAACUGAUCCUGGAGUGGGCCGGCGAACUCCGUCACGUCGACAAGCUCCUGACAAAAAGCUCCUGGGCGUCUGAGUGUCAGGAAAAUAACGAGGACAAGGACGCAAAUGAGGAAGCACAUCUGAGGAUCAUGGAGUGGGCGAAGGAGCUGCAGGAAGCAACUGAGAGCUGCGGCGUUCAGAGCGAGGAUCUGGGCAAAGUGCUGCGUCUCUUGGACCUGAAGAAGAAGCGGCUGGUCAAGCUGAUGCCUCUGCUGGAGUUCAUCACCUGGUCCCUGCUCAAGGAAGACAGCACGAAGAUGAUUCCAAAAGUGUGGUUACUGGCAAAGCAAAAGACCUGGAUAGCAGGAAUUCCAAGAUAUAUCCCCAACUCAGUUUGGAGUUGGAUCUGCAGUGCCUCAGCCGAUGUGAUUCUUGACCCCAUGACCAGCCACCCGUGGUUGCUGGUGUCGGACGACCAGCGCAUGGUGCAGGAGGGCCACACAGCGUCUGAGCUCCCCGACAACCCCCAGCGCUUCGACAGCUGGCCGUGCGUGCUGGCUUGGGAAGGCUACAGCAGCGGCCGCCACUACUGGGAGGUGGACAUAGCCAACCACGGCUACUGGCGCGUUGGACUGACCACCGGCGUCUCCAAGCGGCAGGGGCGCUUCCCGAUGAACCCCAGGCAGGGCUUCUGGACCCUGUGGCGCAGCACACACGACUUCUUCGCCUGCACUAAGACGGAGACGCCGCUGCCGGUCGGCCUUGUGCCUGAACGUAUGGGGAUCUACUUGGACUACGAAGAAGGACAGAUCUCCUUCUACAACGCAGGAACGAAGUCUCACAUCUACACCUUCAAUGGAACCUUCAGGGAGACGCUGUACCCUCUGUUUGCUCCGCUGGAUGGUCGCACGCUCAUGAGAAUCAUGCCCCCAGACGAGAUCUCAAACUUAGAGAGAUAGACCUC